GCUAAAAGAACACAACACAAAUCCUCCCACUGCCCGUUUUCACUUUCACCUACACACCCAAUCAUUUGCCUCCACAUUUUACCCAAAAUCAAAUGCUAUGUUCAGUCUCCACCGCCACCGACAAGUCCAGUUCAAACUGGCUCGACCGCCUCCGCUCCGCCAAAGGCUUUCCUCCCGCCGACAAUCUCGAUCUCGACACCUUCCUCUCCACCUCCUCUUCACAUCCCAAUCCCACCGCUCAGUCUCACACUAAACAACCCACCUCCGACCACCCCCCAAUUCCCGACUCCUCAAGCCACACCGGAGACAAACAAUGGUUCGGUACAGUCACCAAUAUCCUCUGCGAUCUCUUCAACAUGGGUGCCCACGAUUCUGGCGAUCAAAUUUCAAGAAAAAAAAUUACCCGGAAACAAACAAACCCUAAGUUUCUCCACCUAACCACUAAUGUUGAUGGCAUUGACUCUAUAAGAAAAGACGAGUAUGUACAAGCAGCAACGGCGUCGUUUCACUCGGAUAAUAAUUCAAAUGUUGCUGUGAGAGAUUGUGAUUUUGAUUUGGAUGAGGAAAAGGAGAAAUGCAGUGAGGAUAAUGAGUUGAAAGGGUACUCGAAAAGCGAAGUUACUGUGAUCGAUACGAGCUUUGAGCAUUGGAAAUUUGAUAAGUUGGUUUUUAGGAGGAAGAAUGUUUGGAAAAUUAGAGAUAAGAAAGGGAAAUCUUGGAAUUUAAAUAAUUCUUUCAAGAAGAGGAAAAUGAAUUCUUAUUCUUUAGAGUCCGGUGAUCGGAAUUUCGAUUCCAGGAAAAAAGCGAAGGUCUCGAGUUCUGAGUUUGAUUCCUCCAAGGAAUCCAAUGCUGAUGUAAGUUUGGAUCAGAAACGACAGGACGAGCAAGGAGAAGAAAUUUAUAAAGAUAUACUGGACGAUCAUUUCCAAGUCCCCAGAAAGAGGAUUCAUUUUUCCAGAUCACCAAGAAAAUCAAAGAAAAACGUCUCAUCUGUUGUUCUUAUCAAAGCGUUACCUACGAGCAAGAACUGCGGGGAUUUUUUUCUCAAAAAUCGACCGAGAGAAGCUCAAAAGCAAUAAUGCAAGCCUCAUAUUUUGCCCGCAAUGGCUUAAUCAAUUCUUUUUGGGAUUAGUAAAUGGCUCAAUUUGGCAAUCAGUUUCCUCUAGCGAAGGCGAAAGAAAUCCGGGAUUAAAACUGACGGUGGAUAAAACCAAUUGACAUGAUUCUGAGCCAAAGAUUGAUUAAAGUAAUCUUUUGUAUCAUUUGUAACUAUCAUUUGUAAUAACUCUUUUAUUUAAAUCGAGCUCGAUAAGCUUGUUACCCUUUCUUCAUAAUUGUCAGACUGUUCGAUUUAUGUAUUUUCAUUCAUUAACUUGUUGGAAAUGUGCCUUUGUAAACUAUUGUACUUUCAGAAACUGAAUACCCAAGAUUGCUGAUAUGCAUGUAAGUAUAUCAUCAGUUUGUUCA